GAUAUUGGACUUUACCAAUGCACUCUGAUGGGCGACGUAUUGCAGUUCAUAAAAAAAAUGGACGUGACUGGAAUUUAUAUCCAACAAGCUCCCAUCAUAGAAUCAAAGCGUCAAAUAAACGUUAGAUGUCUGGGGACAGAGGGACAAACAGAAUCACUUGAGUGUUGUGUGCAGUCCCCUUUUAAGGUGAAUUGGUUUAAAGACUCACCUAAUCCUUUUGCUGGUGUUACUGAAAAUGGAAAUCAAUUCUGUCGCACAUAUAAACGACCGCUAGGAGAAUGGGGUGGAUCAACGUCACCAGAAUUGACUUGUAAGGUCGAUAAUCUUGAAUAUAGACGGGUAACAACAUUGAACAUUUUCGUAGAAUCUUUUACAUGUAAAGACGCUGAUUAUGGGGAUGGACGACAAGGCGACAAAUCUAUUAAAAAAUGUCCUACGGGUCAAGAGGGUGAUAAGAGUGCGGAGUGUGAUGAUGGAGAGUGGAGAUUGUUAGAGGACUCUUGCGUUAUCAAAGUAAUCAAGGAGUUGCUUGUUUCUUCAGAGGAGUUGCAAGAGAAGGAUGUCCCAGAUUUUGUGGAGGAUCUGAGUAAAGAUGUCAAUGAGGUGAAGAAGGAAGUAAGAGAGUCACCUAAUACCAUAUCAACUAUCGUGGAAAUCCUGGGCAACAUUGCAGAUUUCCCAACUCUGGUCGUCAAUCAACCUGUCAUAGAGGUAGGUUAAACCUCCCAGCUAGACAUUUUUGGUUCUAAAAUCAUUCUUAGAAUGUUACCAUUCACUGUUCUAGGAAUAUGGCGGUAGUGGGAAACAGUUGUUCCAGGAUGGGUAGAGGGGCCUGGCUGGUCUUGGGAGUGUGGAAGGCCUUGGAU